GCUGUAUUUUGUUAAAAGUAAUUUAUCUAAAAGAGGGAAAGCGGUCAAGAAACGCAAAGAAAAUUUCACAACUCAGGAUCAGGAGCUCCAGUUGUAGCGCAAAGCAAAAGAAUUUGAACACAUUCAAUAACCAUUCACACCCUUUUGCUCGCAGAAAUAUUUGAUGAGCUUGAGAGAAAUCUAGAAAGACAAUGUGAAGUCCUUUCUUUUUCCUCUUGAAGGCUACAAAGAGCAAAUAAUAGAGAAGAUAAAAACGAUACAGAGAUGUUUUCUUUGUUUUUUGGACUUUGGAAGUAUAUAUUCAGUAAGACAGAGUUUCAUGUUCUUAUUCUUGGAAUUGACAAGGCUGGGAAAACAACUUUACUGGAGAAGUUGAAAGCACAAUACUCAAACUUGGAAGGUCUUCCUCCUGAUAGAAUUGUGCCGACUGUGGGGCUAAACAUUGGGCGUGUUGAAGUCUCAAAUACAAAGCUAGUGUUCUGGGACCUGGGAGGUCAGCCUGGUCUUCGCUCAAUUUGGGAGAAAUAUUAUGAAGAGGCACAUGCUGUAAUAUAUGUAGUUGAUGCUGCUUGCCCAUCACGGUUUGAAGACUCAAAAUCUGCACUUGAAAAGGUUCUUCGGCAUCAGGAUCUGCAAGGAGCCCCUCUUUUAAUAUUAGCUAACAAGCAGGAUCUUGCUGAAGCUGUAUCAGCUGAAGAACUUGCUCGAUAUCUAGAUCUCAAAAAAUUGGAUGUAAGGGCUUACACAUUAGAAGCUGUAUCGGCUUAUGAUGGGACGGGAAUUAAAGAAAGCGUGGACUGGCUUGUAGAGGUUAUGGAGAGAAGUAAGAGAACUGAAAUGCUGAGAAUCCGCGCAGGCCUUACAAACCCGGGAUCUGGUUAGAAGAGAUUAUAUCAAUUUACAAUUUUUUCCCCCUGCUCUUGUAAGUAAAUUAGGGUUCAACUUGGAUCCUACAUGAUUGAAUCUUGCUCAAUUUGUUACAUAUUAUGCCUUGGUAGUACUUUCUUACUGGUUUAACUUGGUCAUAUGAAAUUUAUUUGGAAUAUAAUACUUGAUUCCUGAAUGAAAAAAAAUUAUAGUGUUGGUUUCUACUUUA